GUAGAGCAAACAUUUUUCUACAAAAUUAGAUGUUUUACAGCUCUGAGAGAAUCGUGAUAACUGAUUUAUAGCAAUUCUCCCGGAUGCCCCAAAAGGUCUUCCGGCCAGACUGAUCAUCGCCAUAUAUCUAACAUUCACAGGAUUUUUUGAGCUUCCUGCGUAGGAAUUUGUAAAUUUUUUUUCAGUGGGUAAUACAGCAAUCGAAUGCGCGAGUGAUACAUAAGUAGCAGAGCUCUCAAAAUUAGCUGUUUUAGUUAAACAUCAACUUGGGUGAUCAGCAUUCAUGUUGAAGUACAAUUACACAACAUAUGAAGUCAUGAAUCACGAGAUAUAGGGUGUCGAGACUUUUAAUGGGCUUUGUAAAUAUAGUACAGGAGUGAAACAAUAUAGAAAAAAUUCUCACAUCCUAUCAAGUUUAUUUAAAAUAAAAUUUUAUCAUUAUGCAUCGUAUUUUUAAGAAAUGCACUCUUAGUAAAUGCUUGUGUCGUACAUCUCCAAGUAAAUUUACAAACUGCAAGUAAACAGACACAUUAUUCUCAUUUAUAGUAAACUACAAAGUACAUUACACACCACACAGCUCCUGCUUUUGAGUUAUACAGCACCCCCCCUCUUACUACACUUAUUAUUCUACAGUUUUCUCCUAUACUUACAAAAAAAAUUUAGUUUUUCUUAAUGACUGAUUAAUUAGUCCUGUUAUCCUAAGCAUGCAUAAUUUAAUUCAUUAGAAACAUCCUACAACAUUCCCAAAGCCAAUCAAGAAAAUUCCCUUCUAUAAUGAUAAGAGUUUCUACAUGGUCGGUCAGAUAGUAAAAUAAUAGAUUUGCAUCCUAGUGUCGCGGGUGCCCAAGCGUCUGAUAAUCAGUUAAAUGAAUAAAUGAUGUUGUACUUGAACAGCUAAUUUUUUCAGUUGCAAUUUCUCUUACUGAAAUGCUUCACACAAUAUAAGUAAGGAAGCAUGAAAACAGCAAACAGCAAGAUAUUGAUGAAUCAACGGAAGAAAAUUUUGAAGAUCUAACUCUUAUUUGGCUCGAUUCAUCUCUGUAUGAAUUAGAACACUCACUGCAGUUACGAAUAGAAUUAGAACAAAUUAUUAAUUAUUUGAAAAUAUUUUCUAAUUGUGAUGAUUGUUUUCAUUAUAUGACAUCAAGAAAUAAAAACGAAAAACUAUUUUUUAUUGUUUCAUCGUCGUUUGGCCAGCGAUUCAUUCCACGGAUUCAGCGUCUUGAACAAUUAAUAAAUAUUUAUAUCUAUAACAGAGUUAAGUAUUCAUAUAAUGAUGCGGAAUGGAUAAAACAAUAUAAGAAAAUCCAUGGUUCAUUUGGUAAAGUGAACGAUUUACUUUCGAAAUUGACGGAUGACGUCAAAUUAUUUUCAAAACAACAACCGAUAUCGGCAAACAUAUUCACAUUAGAUUCAACAGAAAAAUCAAUAUGGGAUCUAAGCAAAGAAAAUGUUAAAUUUAUGUGGUAUCAGUUAUUGAUUGAUAUCUUAUUACGUUUACCAAAUCAUUCGACACUUCUUGCAAAAGCGGAUAUGAUUGAACUAUGUCGUCUACAAUACAAAACAAAUGAAAAACAAUUACAACUUAUCGGUAUUUUCGAGAAAGAAUACAAUUCGAAGAGUGUUAUAAGCUGGUAUACACGUGAUUGUUUUUUGUAUAAAAUUAUCAAUAGAGCAUGUCGGACAGAAAACAUUGACGUCUUGGUUAAAUUUCGAUUUAUUCUAGCUGAUUUACAUCAAGAAUUAAAUGAUCUCUAUAUAAAUCAAUCCUUACCACGACCCCUCACGGUCUAUCGAGGUAUGACAAUGCCCGCCGAUGAAUUUGAAAUGAUUCAGAACAACAUUGGUGGUCGUAUAUCAAUAAAUACUUUUCUAUCAACAACCGAAUAUAUACAGGUUGCAUAUUCGUUUGCCGGUGAUGGUAGUAUGAGACCAGAAAAAGAAUCAGUAGUGCUUAUUAUGAAUAUUGAUACUAGGUCGUCCAAGACGAAACUAUUUGCUGAUAUUCAAAAAUAUAGCUUUUUCCAAGACGAGGGAGAGUUCCUUCUGUCAAUUGAGACAGUUUUACAAUCGAGUCUGCUGAAAAAAUGA